CGGGACAAGUCCUUUUUCAAAAACGGAAACAGAAAAAAAGAAACUUGGCGGUGUCAACUUCACAGUCACCGACUUCCGUGAUGGUUCGCAUUAUGAAGUGACCUCAUUAUGUGGAGCUACACCCAAAUGUCAUACUACGAUCAGAUACAAAUUGAACAUGUGUGAAGUGCCAUAUUGUAUACAUGACAGAUGCUGUUGAUAUCUGUGAUUGUGGAUCUCUAAAAAUGGGGCUUACAACAUGGUGUCGAAGACUGGGACGAUUCUUCCUUAACAUUUAUGGCUAUGUAAUGUGGCUGAUUUUCGGGAUCAAACUUUAUGAGAUUUCUAGUGAUUUGAUAAUUACCAAUAUACCAGGAUCACAAGACCUUCGGCGUUGCUUUUGCAGAGGAAAAAGAAUCGCAAAUGGUGCAAGGAAUGGUUCAUUAAAUUGUUCGGAUGACCUGGGUUGGCCCCAUCCUUUUUCCAUUUUGGCAGAUUGUUGGGGAAAAGACCUGAAAGUUACAACAUUUGGAAGGAAAUUGAUAAAGGCUCAGUACCAAGAAGCAUUGGUUCAGAGGCUUGCAAUUCAGCAAACUUUGAGGAAACAUGCAGGCAUUUCUGUGGUUCCCAUCAAGCACCCAAUUUUCAUAGUUGGUCCAAUGUUCUCUGGUUGUAACCAACUUCAGGCUCUUCUUGCACAAGACCCAGCCAAUCAAGUUCCUCAGUUGUGGCAACUGCUGAAUCCCACACCUCCACCAAAAUCGACAGAAUCUCCAGCAGAUGCCAGAAUCAGAGAGACAAACAGAUAUAUUGGUUGGCUGACCUCUUUCUGUCCAAGUAUUGAGCUUAUCCUUGCCAAAUAUGCCACCUAUCCUGCUGCAUGCAGUCAUGUUCUACAGCGUAGCUUUAUCGACUUGCUGCCCCCAGUUGUUGGUCUGAAUAUGUCAGAGUACAGACAAUGGUUGAAAGGAUGCAGCAGAAGUGAGAUGGUCAAAGUUUAUCAGUAUUACAAGAAGCAACUGCAGCUAUUAGCUUUUAAUCAGGGUUUUGGUUGGAGAACAUUUGUUCUGCAGGAUCCUACACACAUGCUUUUCUUGGAUGCUCUGCUAGAAGUUUUCCCAGAUGCUUGCAUUGUACAGAUGCACUGCAGUCCAGUGCUUGCUGCUAGUCAGUACUGUACACUGUAUUCACAAAUAGCUGAAUUAUUUUAUAGAAAGAGAGACAUUAACCUCAAUGCGCUUGGACUCAGGGUUUUGGAUUUACUUACAUGGCUUUAUGAAAAAUCAUUGACUACUCGGAAGAGACACGCUAACAAUAAUUUUACAUCCCAAAUGGAGGAAAACGUAACAUUCUUAGAUGUGAAUUAUGAAAAUUAUUUACAAGAUCCUCUUGAAGUUGUGAAAUGCAUCUAUGACAAAAUGGGUUUGACAGUCUCCCAAGAGGCCAUUUUAAACAUGAAAGAAUAUUUGAGAGAUGGGGAGAUGAAAGCAACAAGUGGAAAGUUUGAUCAUUCACUGAGCAAGUUUGGAAUCUCAGAGGAACAGUUGAAAUUGCUGUUUGGAGAAUAUACCCGUUUCUUCCAGGUACAUUGAUACUUUGAAUAUGUCAGUGUAAACUUAGAUCCUAUUCCCAGAGAUAAGAUCGAUCCAAGUACAUCGACCUAACUCCCUGAGGGUUCCCGCUAAAUAGC